UCUACCUGACUUAACCACCAAUCACCCCCCAGUUCUUCAUCUCCCUCUCUCUCUCUCUCUCUCUCUCUCUCUCUCUCUCUCUCUCUCUCUCUCAUGGUGUUUGCUCUCCUGUUCCUGGUCGUGUACCUCAUCGUCCAUCAAUGGGGGAGCCAAUGUUUUCACCCACAUCAACUCCUCCAGCUCCUCCACCUCCUCCUAGUCCCCAAUCCUCCCUCGUCCAACCCACCAACAAAAGAAAACAUAAGACCAAAGUCCUCCGGGUUUUCCGCUCCGUUUUCCGGUCAUUUCCUAUAAUUACACCCACCUGCAAAAUGCCUUCCAUCCCUUCCGGUAUCGGAGGAGACGGUUUCAAAUCCGGCAACGGCACCAGGAUCACCGGAACUCUAUUCGGAUACCGGAAGGGACGUGUCAGUUUAUCCCUUCAGGAAUCACCAAAAUGUGUACCAAGUGUCAUCGUGGAGCUCGCCAUGCAGACCAGCAUCCUGCAGAAGGAGAUGAGCUCCGGCAUGGUGAGGAUCGCUCUCGAAUGCGAAAAGAGAGCCGACGCGAAAGACAAGACGAGGAUUAUGGAUGAAACUUUAUGGACGAUGUAUUGUAAUGGGAAGAAAACCGGUUACGGCGUUAAACGGGAGCCGACGGAGGAGGACCUGAGCGUUAUGGAGGUUCUAAAACCGGUUUCCAUGGGUGCCGGAGUUUUGCCGGGGAAUUCGGAGACCGAGGGACCGGACGGCGAGCUUGCAUACAUGAGAGCUCAUUUUGAAAGGGUUGUUGGGUCGAGAGAUUCGGAGACUUUGUAUAUGUUGAGUCCGGAUGGUAAUAAUGGGCCUGAACUCAGCAUAUUCUUUGUGAGGAUUUGAUGAGGAGGAGGAGAGGAUAUUUGGAGGGGUUUUAGAGUGUUUUAGGGAGGAGAAUUUGAGUCAUUUUGGUAUAGGAGAACCAAAAAAAUGUAAAUAAGGGUGAUUUCAUUGUGGAAGAUCAGUUUGAAGGUAUUUUAUUCAAUUUUUUAUUUUAUUUUUUAUUAUUUUGAUAUCAAACUGUUUGUUUGGUUUUCAUGGACUUGUAUAAAAUAGGCUUCAUGAUCUUCCUUUACUUUUCUAGUGUUUUAAUUAAUAUUCUUUCGUAUUACUCUUGAAAGUUGGAAUAACAACCUCCAUUUUCUUGUUGAAAACUUGGUACUAGGAUCUUACAUAUCUCUACAUAACAUAGUACAUCAAAUUUGUAGAAUUUAGGAUAUGAUCAAAUUUUCAGAACUUUAGAGUAGACUGUAUAAAAAACCCAAUUGGAUACACGAAAAGGGGUGUUAAUUUUGAACUCUUGUUGAGUUUAAUCCCUAGUCUUGCACUUUCUUAAUUGAUAUCAGCCUUAAAAUGCAUAAGCUAACUAAACUAUAGUUAGUUUUUAACCAAAUUAUCUAUUGUUAAUUACAUUAGUUUCAAGGCGAUGGGAAAGAUUAUAGUAUUUUAACCAUGUACUAUUAUUGAUUUUGUGAUCCAUCAACUAAACAUCCACUUAAAACCUAUUUUACACAACUAUUCUAGUAUGAAUAUGAAAAAUAAAAAGAGUAAUGAUAAAUUGAAGAGAGAAGUAUAGGGAAUCAAGCUAGAUGAUUUAAAUUGGAAAGGAAAUUGUUCUUAUUCAUUUCAUCCCUGAAGCUUUUGUUUUGUUCACAUCGUAGUUCAGACAGUGAUGAAGUACACAGUGGCAUAUUUGAGGAGAUAGCGAUUUUGUUUGUAAAAUGGCCAAAAGCAAUGUAGCAUAGCUUUAGUUGCCAAAAAUAAACAGGGAAGUGUACUGGCAGAAAGUAAUUAUUGUAUUUUGUCUAUACGCAAGAGAUACAUUGAGGUGGCUGUGAAUUUAGGCCCAUAUCCACCAGUUCUUUAAUGAGUAGCUCUCAAGUGGUUUUAAGCUUUCAUUAUUGAAUCAAUAUGAAUAGCUGAUAAUGAUUAUAAAUCCCUGUAUAAAUCAUUAAAAAAAAAACAAAAAAGGCUAAAGCACAUGGCUCUGCCAUUUGAUUCCAAAGCAACUCUCUUUUUUUUUAAGCGGUGGCAGCCGAGCUCUACAUAUGUGCUCUACAUAUGUACGGAGGCUACCUAUAAAAACACAAUAUAUUAUACUAAAUAUUAUGUAUACUUAUUUGUGUUUAUUCUGAAAUCAUUAGAAUUACUGAAUGGAGAAACUUGGCCAAGAUCUGAAGAGAGGAUUUCUUCACAUGAUUGAAAGUAUCAAAAGUUGCAGACCCACUCAAGGAAUGCAAGAUGGAAAAGAACCCAAUUUGGGAUCUGAUGAGCAAAUUAAUGUGGAAGACAGAGGUAUCCGCAUGAAAGCUGCAAGGGGUCCAAAACGUCCAGGAGUUCCAAAAGGUUCUUCUCCGCAAACCAGUUAGAUGAAAAUUAAGCUAAAUCAAAUUCUCAAACUUUCUGGAAAUUCAAUUAAAUUCAAUGGUUUUCCUCUUCUCUGUCUUAUUGUUACUUUUUCAAGGCUAAAUGUAUUGUACCCAUUUAGUUAUCUCUCACUUAAAAUUGUUUGAAUUAGUAAAUUCUUUUAAGUGGUCUUGCAUUUUAUAAUUCUCAUACAUAUCUUUUUCAAGUCAAAAUUGUUGAAAGUUCAAAACAUAUAUUGAGCUGUUUGUGGUUUCAGCUAAAACUUGGGUUUGAAUUAUUCCUUUUUUGCUGCAUAUUUUUUUACUCUGUUUUAGCCUUUUGGGAUAUAUGAUAUAUGUAAACAUACAAUUUUUAUA